UGAUGAUGCUGAUGAUGAUGAUGAAGAUGGACUCCUCCCCUCCUGCUGAGCAGGUCUCAGGUUCUCAGUCUCUCGCUGAAGGUCUGACUCUGGACAGUUAUGGAGAAGCAGAGCGACUCAGACAGCUAGAGACACAGACAGCUGACCAGCAGCGGUUCAUCUGAGAGCUGAGGGAGCUGUGCUCGAGUCAGGAUGGGCUGCGCGAUCUCUGGAUCCGGAUUGACAUCGAGAACAGCAGAGAGCAGAAACACUGAGGACGAAGCUCCAGCGAGACUCACUCCGGAUCACAUCCAGCUCAUCAAAGAGUCCUGGAAAGUCAUCCAGGAGGACAUCGCCAAAGUGGGAAUAAUCAUGUUUGUCCGGUUGUUUGAGACGCAUCCCGAGUGUAAAGACGUCUUCUUCUUGUUUCGGGACGUGGAGGAUCUGGAGAGGUUACGCACCAGCAGAGAGCUUCGUGCCCACGGCCUGCGCGUGAUGUCGUUCAUCGAGAAGAGCGUGGCCAGACUCGAUCAGCUGGAGCAGUUAGAGACUCUGGCGCAGGAACUCGGAAAGAGCCACUUCCGCUACAACGCACCGCCCAAGUACUACGGGUACGUGGGAGCUGAGUUCAUCUGCGCUGUUCGGCCGAUCCUGAAGGACAGGUGGACGUCUGAACUGGAGCAGGCCUGGCAGACGCUGUUCCAGUACGUGACGGCAAUCAUGAAGGACGCUUAUCUGGAAGAAGAGCGGAGCAAACGCAGCCAGACGCUGCCCUCCAGCAGAGAGCGGCCGGACAAGAGGAACACGGCCAUCUAACGUCUCAGACCUGACGUGUACAUACUGUAUUUAUUUCAGCGCUUCAUUUUGUACAGUACACAAGCUUCACGUCUCCUCUGAAGACGGUUCCUGCACAAGGAUUUUUCUCGUGAUCAAAUCAGUGAAUAAACAUCAUCUUUUAUUUGCAAAUCUACAAGAAUGGGUUCAUAUAUAACCUCCACUGUUAGUCCUCAAAACCCCCCACAGAGCAUCCUUCAAACUUAAAAUCAUCUGAUUCGAUAAAAUAAGAAACUAAAUGUUCAAAAUAAAAACAAACAGCAGAGAUGGAGAAAGUUACCGACCGUAAUGUUCACUCACCAUAUAUAUAUAUAUAUAUA